AUUCAUAAACUGCCUAUCCUAUUUCCGCUCACACGCACUGUAGCAAGUCGCGUGCUUGUUACUAAUUUUAACUCCAUGUAAUGGAUUUUCAUUCAUGUAAAUCGAUCGGAUGAGCAUUUUCCCACAGUGUAGGAAUUUACUGAAUGGAUAAGCAUGUCUUUAAGCAAACCACCCACGCCACAUAUUUACUCGGAUGGAGAGAAAAGACAUUUCAGGAUAAUGUCGAUGAUAAACGAAGAAGGACAACACGUACUAAGACUCAUCCUUGACAAACUACUAGGUGGUACAGCACUUGCUGAACGUUUAGCUGAAUCUGAAACUAAAGAAAACAUACAGGAUGCUUUGGGUAGAAGCAAAAUUCAAAAAGACCAGUACGAUAUGUUAUACCCAUCAUCAGGAAUCAUUCAUAAAGAACAUUUUGACGUAACUUUGCUUACUUUCUUAAUACGACAGAUACAUCCAUUCAUGAAGGUCAGUAACAAAAUCUGGUCAGAUCCCAAUCACGGAGAUCUCAGUCCGGAAGCGGAUGUUACUCGGUUGAAGAAAAAAAGGAAUAAGCUAGCCCACCUCGGAAAAGCUACAUUAACAGAGGACGAAUAUGUGGUAGAAUUUCAGAAACUUGAAAUGAUACUUUGUAGACUUGCUCGUUACGCUUCUAGUGCAGAUCUUACAGUUGCUGAUUUAGCACUGAAACUUGAAAACAAGAAACAUGGUGUAUUUGAAAGUAAACCGCUUACUUCCAAUGUUGCCACUAGUGUGUCAAGCAGCUUGAACAAAGAUCCGGCAAGCGAGUCGGACAGUUCUUCAACUUAUAGUGCGUUUAAAAGUCUGCCAUUUGCUUCAAAUAAUGACACUAGUUUCUCAGGUAGUUUGGACAGUGACCACACAAAGAAUUCGGAUAGUGUUUCAAUUUAUUCUUUGUCAAGUAUGGAAAGCAAAAGCAGCAGUGUCUCCGGUAAAGAUAUUAAAAAGGAAAUAGCAACGAGCACAUCAUCACUUCAAAAGAAGAGAAAACUUUCUUUUAAGGUUAGAUCAUAUCUAGAACCAUUCAUUAGCUCACCAAAUAAAGAAGGCGAAAAAGAAAAUACAGAUCUACCAAAAAGAAUAAAAACAAAAGACAAAAAGAAAGAUUCAAGACAAAGAUGUAAAUCGUGCUCAUGUACGCUUAAGGGUUCAUGUAAAAGUGUCGAAGCAAACCUGGUCAAGACCAACGAUCAUUCAUCGCAAAAAUACCGUUGUAAUAUAUCUGGACUUACAAUGCUAAAUUCUGGUAUUCUUAUAGCCACGGAUUCGAGCCAUGAUGUAGUUCAAGCCUUAGCUCUUUCUGGCAACGUACUUGAUGAAUUUGAAUGUGCACAACCUAACAGUGUUGUCGCGGUGGGUUCUUCCAAAUUUGCAGUUACGUUGCUGCGAUCAAGUAAAGUGAAAAUAUUGAAGUUUAACAAUGAUAAUAAUUGUAUCGAAGCUGAAAACGAGUUUAAUGUAGAUUGUGAUUCUUGGUUGUCUGAUAUGAAAUACAGUAGCGGGUAUUUGUACACACUUUGUGAAAAUGGGGAUCUACACAUAUUGAAUGUAAAAACAGGCAGUGACGCAGGUCUUUUCCCGACAAAAGUGCAAUGUAUUUCACAUUUUGAUAUCGCAAACAAAGGGGAUAGAAUAUUCAUUAGCCACGGCCAUCACAUUUCCUGCCUUGAUGGAUUUGGCAAUACAAUUUGGUGCUAUUCUGACAAGACUAAACGGACUUUUAAGGGAAUUGUGUUACGUAAAAACACAAUAUUUGUGUGUGCUUGGGACAAAGACAAAAUUAUUUCUCUAGCAACCAAAGAUGGGAAAUGUUUGAAAGAAUACAGUGACGAGCAGAUGAGAUGUCCGUGGUCGGUUUGUGCACUUAAAGGCAAACUUUUUGUAUCUCAAUACAUGUCAGACUUAAAUAGCGAGUCGUGCAGCGAAAUUGUGGUUAUGCAAAUCUGAAAUAAAGACACAACUGGAGACAGUAUUUACUUUUUCACACUUAGUUAUACCAUACAAUGUACAAAAUGCAAAACUCCUGUACUGUUAAUGAUAAAUUACUGAUGAAAUCUGAUAUUAUCUUUAUUCUCUGUACAGGAUGUUUGCGGUUUCAGAUUUUAUUUGUAAAUCAACUGUGUACAAAUUUAAGGCAGUUUACAAAAGCUUGAUAAAAGAUUAUAUAAAUUCUUCACCUGUCUCCAGUUAUAGGAUCUUUUUCUUUAAAAAAAAUCAUCGCAUUACUUUGAAAAAAGUUGAUACGUUGCUGGAAUGUACGAACAAUUUUUAAAUGAUGAAGACAAAUAUCAAAUGUUGAUGAUAUUUGCAUAUAUUUAUAAGACUAAUAGACUGAUGGGCGAAGCCAAUGGUAUCUGCAUUUGUUUAUAAAAUGUUGAUGUAUUUAGCAGAGUUCAGGUCAUGCAGAAAAAAAAGCUUAUCUAAUCAUUAACGUUUUAUUAUGUUUUUAAAAAAGGUUUUGUACUUUUUAAAUAAAAUAUUUGAUGUCUUUAA